AUCACAGUUAUGUUUACUACAAAGAUGUCCUCCCUGCUAGCCGCUAGCUUGGACCUGGUCCGCAAAAUGACCAAAUUCUAAAUAUUCCACCGUAUCUCAGCUCUAAUAACAUUAUUCCCAGUACAUGCUUCCUGAACACUUACGACAAUGCAACUGAAGCAUUUAAGAACACUUUUAACCCCCCAGGAGGGUGCUGCCAAAGUGACAUGCAUGGCCUGGGCACAGAACAACACCAAGUUCGCCGUUUGUACUGUUGACAGGGUGGUGCUACUCUAUGAUGAGCAGGGAGAGAGGAGAGACAAGUUCUCCACCAAACCCCUGGACUCCAAGUAUGGAAAACAAAGCUAUGUUGUCAAUGACAUGGUGUUUUCACCGGACUCCACCAAAAUCGCCAUCGGCCAGUCUGACAACAUCAUCUUCGUCUACAGAAUCGGAGAGGACUGGGGGGACAAGAAAGCCAUUUGCAACAAAUUUGUUCAGACAAGUGCUGUGACUUGCCUGCUUUGGCCUGCAGAACAUGCAAUUGUUUAUGGAUUAGUUGAUGGCAAGGUCCGUCUUGCCAACACUCAGACAAACAAGUCCUCAACCAUCUACGGCACAGAGUCCUGUGUUGUCUCCCUGGCAUCCAAUGUCUCUGGUAAAGGCAUCCUGUCUGGACACGCUGAUGGGACAGUUGUGCGUUACUUCUUUGAUGACGAAGGCUCAGGGGAGUCUCAGGGGAAGCUGUUGAAUCAUCCGUGCCCGCCCUACGCGCUGGCCUGGGGUGCAAACAGCAUCAUGGUGGGCGGCUGCGACAAGAAGGUGGUAGCCUACGGCAGGGAGGGUCACAUCCUGCAGACCUUUGACUACACCCGCGAGCGGACAGAGCGGGAGUUCACCGUGGCUGCUACCAGCCCCAGCGGGCAGUCUGUCGUGUUCGGCAGCUAUGAUCGGCUGCGGGUGUUUAACUGGGCUCCGAGGAGAGGUGUGUGGGACGAAGCCAAACCUAAAGAGAUUGUCAACCUCUACACCAUCACCAGCUUGGCCUGGAAGAAAGACGGAUCACGCCUCUGUGCGGGAACACUGUGUGGAGGAGUGGAACUUUUCGAUUGCUGCCUGCGACGGGCCAUUUAUAAGAACAAGUUCGAGAUGACCUACGUUGGCCUGAGCCAGGUGAUAGUGAGGAACCUCUCUACAGGAACUCGGGUGGUGCUGAAGUCCUACUAUGGUUAUGAGAUAGAGGAAGUCAAGAUCAUGGGAAAAGAUCGCUUCCUGGUGGCUCACACCUCCGAUACUCUCCUGCUGGGCGACCUGCUGACAAAUAAACUGAGUGAGGUGCCGUGGCCCGGCUCUGGGGGAAAUGAAAAGUUCUUCUUUGAGAAUGAAACUGUGUGCAUGAUUUUUAAUGCCGGAGAGCUGAGUCUGGUGGAGUACAGUAACAACGAAAUCCUGGGAUCAGUCAGAACUGAAUUUAUGAAUCCUCAUCUCAUUAGUGUCCGACUAAAUGAGAGAAAGCAGAGAGGAGUUGAGGACAACAAAAAGCUCGCUUAUCUGAUUGACAUAAAGACCAUCGCUGUUGUGGACCUGGCCGGAGGCUACAAUCUGGGAACCAUCAGCCACGACUCCAAGAUUGACUGGCUGGAGCUCAAUGAAACCGGACGCAAACUGCUGUUUAGGGACAAGAAACUGCGGCUCCAUCUGUACGACAUAGAGACGGGAGUGAAGACCACAGUGCUGAGUUUCUGCUCCUAUGUCCAGUGGGUGCCCGGCAGUGAUGUGGUGGUCGCCCAAAACAGAGGAAACCUCUGCAUUUGGUACAGUAUCGACAGCCCAGAGAGCGUCACCAUGUUCCCGAUCAAGGGAGACAUUGUGAAUCUAGAGAGAGUUGAUGGAAAGACGGAUGUGAUCGUGACGGAGGGCGUCAACACGGUGACGUACAUGCUGGAUGAAGGCCUCAUCGAGUUUGGUACUGCUAUUGAUGAUGGAGACCAUGACAGAGCCACGGCAUUCCUCGAGACUCUGGAGAUGUCACCAGAGACUGAAGCCAUGUGGAAGACGCUCAGCAAGCUGGCUCUGGAGGCACGCCAGCUGCACAUUGCAGAAAGGUGUUUUGCUGCGUUGGGUGACGUCUCCACUGUUCGUUUCCUGCACCAAACGAACCAGAUUGCCGACAAAGUGUCCAAUGAGAUGGGAGGAGAUGGGACUGCGUUCUACCAAGUCCAGGCCCAUGUGGCCAUGCUGGAUAAGAACUUCAAAAUGGCUGAGAUGCACUUCAUGGAGCAGAAUGCCAUUGAUGAAGCCAUAGAGAUGUACCAGGAGCUCCACAUGUGGGAUGACUGCAUUGCUGUGGCUGAGGCCAAGGGCCACCCAGAGCUGGACAGCCUGCGUGUGAGCUACUACCAGUGGUUGACGGAGACGGGUCAGGACGAGAAGGCCGGUGAGGUGAAGGAGAGCGAUGGAGACUUCCAGGGAGCCAUCAAUCUGUACCUGAAGGCCGGACUCCCUGCGAAAGCUGCACGUCUGGCCAUCAGCCGGCCGGAGAUCACAAACAACAGCGACACCGUCAGUCGCAUCGCUGCCAGUCUGAUCAAGGGAGAGUUUUACGAGAGGGCAGGAGAUCUGUAUGAGACGAUCAGAAACAACCAGAGAGCUCUGGAGUGCUACUGCAAAGGAGGUGCCUUCAGGAAAGCGGUGGAGCUGGCUCGUCUCACCUUCCCUGCCGAGGUGGUGAAACUGGAGGAGGCCUGGGGGGACUACCUGGUCCAGCAGAAACAGAUGGACGCCGCCAUCAACCACUUCAUUGAAGCAGGCUGCUCGCUGAAAGCCAUCGAGGCGGCCAUCGCAGCUCGUCAGUGGAAGAAAGCCGUACACAUCCUGGAGUUACAGGAGGAUCCAUCAGCAGGGAAAUACUACGUGAAGAUAGCUCAGUACUACGCCUCCAUGCAGGACUAUGAGGUGGCAGAACAACUAUUUGUGAAAGGAGGUCACAUUAAAGAUGCCAUAGACAUGUACACCACAGCAGGACGCUGGGAGGAGGCUCAUAAGCUGGCAGUGGAGUGUAUGACAGAGGAGGAGGUUAUGGCGCUGUAUAUCAGCAGAGCUCAGGAGCUGGAGGGAGACGGGAAGUUGAAAGAGGCUGAGAGGCUGUUUGCCACAGUGAAGCAGCUUGACCUCGCCAUCACCAUGUACAAGAAAAACCGGAUGUUUGAUGAUGUUAUCCGCCUGGUGGCCAAACAUCACCCCGACCUGCUGACUGAGACCCACCUCCACCUGGCCAAGGAGUUGGAGGCCGAGUCCAGGUUCUCAGAGGCCGAGUACCACUUCAUGGAGGCUGAGGAGUGGAAAGCUGCUGUCCACAUGUACAGAGUCAAUGACAUGUGGGAGGAUGCAUACAGGGUGGCAAAGAGUCACGGCGGGGCUGGAGCCCAGAAGCAGGUGGCCUACCUGUGGGCCAGGAGCCUGGGAGGAGAGGCGGCCGUGAAGCUGCUCAACAAGUUUGGCCUCAUGGAAUACGCCAUUGAGUCUGCGUCAAACAACUUCUCAUUUGACUUUGCCUUUGAUUUGGCCCGUCUUUCAUGUAAGGAGAAGAUUCCUGAAAUCCACCUUAAACACGCCAUAUACCUGGAAGAUGAGGGAAAGUUUCCUGAGGCAGAAGUUGAGUUCAUCAAAGCAGGAAAACCCAAAGAAGCUGUGUUCAUGUAUGUCCACAACAAGGACUGGGCCAACGCGCAGCGGGUGGCUGAGGGCCACGAUCCAGAGAGUGUGUCUGAGGUUCUGGUCGGCCAAGCCAAGUUCUGCUUUGAACAGAAAGAUUUCCAGAAGGCUGAAGCCUUCCUGCUCCGAGCCCAGAGACCCGAACUGGCUGUUAAAUAUUACAAGGAUGCAGACAUGUGGAGUGAUGCCAUGCGUAUCUGUAAGGAGUAUCUCCCCAACAAGCUCUCCAUGCUCCAAGAGGAGUACGAGAAAGAGACCUCCAAGAAGGGAAUCCGGGGUGUGGAGGGUCUGCUGGAACAGGCCAGGGAGUGGGAGCAGUCAGGUGAACACUCCCGGGCCGUGGAGUGUUACCUGAAGGUGAAGGACGACUCCAACACGGCGCUGAUGGAGAAGUGCUGGAUGAAGGCAGCAGAGUUGUCCAUCAAGUUCCUGAGCGGAGACCGAGCAAUUGAGGUGGUCCAGGUGGUCGGACCACGACUCACACACCUGAGGAAGUACAACGCUGCUGCCGAGCUUUACUUAAACAUGGACCUGAUCAAAGAUGCGAUCGAUGUCUUCAUUGAGGGUGAGGAGUGGAACAAAGCCAAGAGAGUCGCCAAGGAGCUGGAGCCCAGGUACGAGGACUAUGUGGACCAGAAGUACAAAGAGCAUCUGAAGAAUCAAGGCAAAGUAGAUUCUCUGGUGGGUGUGGAUGUCAUGGCAGCUUUGGACAUGUACGCAGAAAGAGGCCAGUGGGAGAAGUGUCUGGAAACAGCAUCAAAACAGAACUUUAAGAUCCUCCAUAAGUAUAUCGCUCUGUACGCCACGCACCUCAUCAAGGAGGAGGACGCCCCGAAGGCUCUGCAGCUCUACAUACAGCACGGAGCUCCACCUAACUCUCAGAACUUUAACAUUUACAAGCGCCUGUUCCUGGAUCUGAUUAACCUCCCUGACACUGAUGGACCAGAGUCUUACCGCAUGUGGGCCGACCUCCGCAAUUUCCUGUUUCAGCUGUGUGAGAACUUGUCCGAGUCAGCCGAGGCCAAUUCUCCAGCUCAUGAGGACUUUGAACAGAUGCUGCUGAUCGCUCAUUACUACGCCACGCGAGCCGGCGCUAAAGGAGUCGAGCAGCUGAUCAGCGUAGCAGCCAAGCUGUCAGUGUCUCUGCUACGUCACACUGAGCUCGUUCCUGCAGACAAGGCUUUCUACGAGGCUGGUCUCAGCUGCAGGGCUGUUGGCUGGGAGAACAUGGCUUUCAUCUUCCUCAACCACUUCCUGGAUCUGUGUGACGCGAUUGACGAGGGGACCCUGGACGCUCUGGACCACUCUGACUUCAUCGACACUGACAUCCCCUUCGAAGUUCCUGUUCCCACCAAACUCUGUGUCACUGAUGCCCAGCGGGAGCAGAUCCGUGACUGGGUGCUGAUGGUCUCCAUGGACCACCGGUUAGAGCAGGUUCUGCCCCGAGAUGAGAGGAACUCGUAUGAAGCCUCGCUGGUGGCUACAAACACCGGCCUGCGCUCGCUGCCCUGUGUCCUCACCGGCUACCCCGUGCUGAGAAAUAAGAUCGAGUUCUCGUCUGUGGGCAAAACGGCCAACAAGGACGACUGGAACAAAUUCCUCAUGGCCACGAAGACCACUCACAGUCCGGAGUGUCAGGAUGUCCUGAAGUUCAUCAGCCAGUGGUGCGGUGGUCUGCCCACAUCUGGAUUCUCCUUCCACUGAUACAGACCUGCUUCGUCCUCUAGUUUUAUUACUCUCUUUCAUCUUCACUGUAAGUUCUUCAUCCAUCCGUCCAUUUUCUGUCCCCUCCUCUUCCUCCUGAGGCUCUUUGUGCUGAAACGUUCUGACAGGACCUGAGCCAGGAUUCCAUUAAACAAACAACUUUUUUUCCCCCACAAUUUAUUUAUUUAUUCAACUUUUCAUUUAUAUAAAUUUAAUCUCAUGUCAUCAUGGUCUAAAUGCUGUUUUAAUGCCCUCUUCUGCACUUCCUGAAAUGUGGACAAAACUUAUAUCCCUUUGUUUUGUUUUAAUUUUCUCUUUUUUCAGCUUAACAGUCAUUUUAGACAAUUUUAAUCUUAAAAACUAUCUGAAUCUUCCUUAAAGAGUGCAGUACGUGGAGUAUCUGUAUAAUUACAUAAUUACACAAUCUAAAAGUCCAAUGAACCCUGUUAAAUUCAAAGAAAUAUUACCUUUUACGUCCCCUCAUUCUUUCACAUUAGAUUAUCGUCACAGCGAAAACAUCAGAUAAAACAUUAUAUAAGUUUCACAGAAUUCAGGGUUGAAUAUUUUUGAAACAGCGUUUGAGACCAAGAAAAUCUAAAUAUUUCCUUUACAGUAACAAAAGAUUAACAUGAAUGAAUGAAUGAAGGACAUGAACGUGUCUCACUGGGUUCAGUUUACACACUGACUGACACUGAUCUUCACAUUUUUUAGCUCCUAUACGAGCAGCAUAAUCUAAAAUCUAAUCUAAAUAUGUAAAAUGAAUGUAAUUUAAUGAUAUCAAUAUAUUUUAUUCUUCAGUCAGUGCGUUUUGCUUGAAUUCUAUUUAAAGAAUAAGGCGUCUGAUAUUCCAUAUUAUUGUUAUUUUCAACAGAUUCCAUUUAAAAACCUGCUCUGCCUGUGUCUGUGCUCCAUGUCCACUGGUUCCUACUGAAGACGUAAAACUUCCAAAAUGGGUCACAAAUAUGUAGUUUCAUUUUUAGAAAAGGCUCAGUGUUUUUUCUUAAACUGCUGAGCACUGUAGUUCUUAGCAAACGUUACUCAAACAGGAGUAAAAAGUGCAUUUGUUGGCACUAUUUCCAACAAAUGCGGAUGAAUACACAUUCGUUUCUAAUAGUUUUUGACAACAAUGGAGCUCUACAGCACAGAGGAAUGAGACAUAUCAGGCUUUAGAUGGACAGAUAAUACUUUUUACUUUGGUCUUUUCAUGAGAUUUGUUGUCGUUCACACAUUCCUCUGCUGUGUUGUUCUUUUCUCCUCUUCCUCUCAUCAGAAGGACUUUCUCUCAGGAUGGCAUCGCUGAAUAAAAAGCCAAAGGUUAGAGCAGAUUUUAGCAGAAGACUUUCUAGUCCACAAUAUAUUAUAAUACUAUAAAAUAAACAAGUUGACUGGUACUGUACUGACGGUUGGAGGGACUGUUUAAUGUGCAGAGUCUGAAGUGUCUGUGUACGUGUGGUUUAGAUGCUGGUGUUUCUGGCAAUGCCUUUAUUCUGUGUUUGAUAUGGAAUGUAUUUUGUUAAAUAAAGUUCAAAUAAAAGAUAGUUUUCAA